CAACUGUAGAAAUCAAGAGUGGAAACUGAAGUGGCAGAUAAUGGAGAAAACAGUAAGAGUUUUUUUCAAUAUAACAACUUCAAGACCUUAACUGGGAUUAGAAAGGAAAAGAUUCGUUUAAGAAACACUGAAGAAGUAGAGUCCUUUAUUAUUAUCUUUUUUUUUGUAAAAAAAAUAAUCCUCUUGUUACGUUUCUCACCGAAUACAAGUCGUCGUCCUUUUCAACCAAAAUCCAAACUUACAAACACAUUCCUUGUCUCGAUAGAACUUGUAACGGUGGCAAACAGUUUGUACAAGUACCAAAUGUCAUCCUCAAUAGCUCCAGAAUGUACAAAUCUCAAGAAACGAUACGACGCAUGUUUUAAUGAAUGGUACACGGGUAAAUUCUUGAAAGGCGAUACCGAUGAUUCACAAUGUGCAGAAUUAUUUCAAGAGUAUCGUAAGUGCGUCCAAAAACAUUACGGAAUAAGAAAUUAGAGCCUUUAUUGGACGCUGCUCGGAAAGAGGUGAAUUGACGACGUCUCUUCUCAAUUUUGUAUGAGAUUUCUUUUCAGUAUUUUUUUAAUUCUUUGUUUCCUAUAACAAUUUCCUUUAUGUAUUCACAAUUCCUAAUUAAAAUACCAAUUCUUCAACCAAACAGCUCUCACAAAGCUAUUGAACGCCUUUUUGUCUGCAAUUCAUCAUUUGCUAUUAA